UUUCCAAUCAUCCCACCCUGGCUAGCCUCCCAUAAAACUCUCUUCGGAUUUUUUUUUUCUGUAUCCCCCAACCUCCUUUCUUUCGCGUACAUUCCUCUCCUGGCCCUCUCCGUCGAUUGAGCUGUUACCGAUUUCAUAUUUCUUGAACCAAUUCGGUGGUUCUAUUUUCUUUGCUUUUCUUUCUACAUUUACAGCUUCAGUUUCCAUUUCAAGUAAUACACACAAACAAAAUGGCCCCCAACGGAGUAAACGGUGCCAGGCACAACGAGGGUACCUUCCUCUUCACAUCCGAGUCCGUCGGUGAGGGACACCCCGAUAAGAUCGCCGACCAGGUCUCUGAUGCCGUUCUUGACGCCUGCUUGGCGCAAGACCCGCUCUCCAAGGUCGCCUGCGAGACUGCCACCAAGACGGGCAUGAUUAUGAUCUUCGGCGAGAUUACCACCAAGGCCAAGGUUGACUUCCAGAAGGCGGUUCGCGAGGCCAUCAAGGACAUCGGCUACGACGACUCAUCCAAGGGUUUCGACUACAAGACCUGCAACCUUCUGAUUGCCAUUGAGGAGCAGUCCCCUGACAUUGCCCAGGGUCUCCACUAUGAGAAGGCUCUUGAGGAGCUCGGCGCUGGUGACCAGGGUAUCAUGUUCGGAUAUGCUACCGACGAGACCCCUGAGCUGUUCCCCAUGACUCUCCUCCUUGCCCACAAGCUCAACGCUGCCAUGUCUGCUGCUCGUCGCGAUGGCACCCUCCCGUGGCUGCGCCCUGACACCAAGACGCAAGUCACCAUUGAGUACAAGCACGACAACGGUGCCGUCGUUCCCUUGAGGGUAGACACCGUCGUCGUCUCGGCCCAGCACAGCGAGGACAUCACCACCGAGCAGCUGCGCAAGGAGAUCUUGGAGAAGAUUAUCAAGCAGGUCAUCCCCUCGAACAUGCUUGACGACAAGACCGUCUACCACAUCCAACCUUCCGGUCUUUUCAUCAUUGGUGGACCCCAAGGUGACGCCGGUCUUACUGGACGUAAGAUCAUUGUUGACACAUACGGUGGCUGGGGUGCCCACGGUGGUGGUGCUUUCUCCGGAAAGGACUUCUCCAAGGUUGACCGCUCUGCAGCUUACCUCGGCCGCUGGAUUGCCAAGUCGCUGGUUGCCGCUGGUCUGGCCCGCCGUGCUCUUGUCCAGCUGUCGUACGCUAUCGGUGUUGCUGAGCCCCUGUCGAUCUACGUCGACACCUACGGCACUUCGGAGAAGACCUCUGAAGAGCUGGUCCAGAUUAUCCGCAACAACUUCGACAUGAAGCCCGGUGUCAUUGUCAAGGAGCUCGACCUUGCCAAGCCCAUCUACCGCCAGACUGCGAAGAACGGCCACUUUGGUACCAACCAGAGCUUCAGCUGGGAGAAGCCUAAGGCCCUGAAGUUCUAAAUAUACUGCAGGUGCAAUUUUUUUUUGUUUCAAGGGCAGCGGAUUCAACGUCCGGUGUGCCCUCGCCUUUUUCACACAACUCUUCUUCCUCAUCUCAUGAUACCUACUACUCUCAUCGGACUAGCGCCAUAAUCACGGUGACCUCCACCAUUUUUCUUGUUUGUUCUAUUUUUUUUUCGCACUUUCGAUUGUCUUUUAGCAGGUUAUGACUGGGAAUGAUAAAAGGCUGGCGUACGGUUCUCAACGAACCUGAUUUUUUGUUUUUUGAAUUUUCUUUUACAAUACUGGGCGGGAUAAAAAAAGGGUUCUGGAUGCAUCUUUGCUCGGAGUGGAGGCGUCUUUUUCAACAGAGACAUUUGCGCAUACUCUCCGGGGUUUCCCCGGUCACAUACAUACAUACACUCGACAUUCAGAUACCACAGGGGAGCAUUCAACAAUCGGCGUUAACGGGGGGAGAGACAAAAGAACUUCAACAUCUUUGCUUUCCUAUGUUGAAAGCCGGCAAAAAGAUGGGCUUGUCGCUUUGGCCAACAAAUAGAACUGAGCAGACUAAGACUAGCGACUGAUCAUGGCCGCCUCGGCCAUGCUACCUAAAUAACUAAAUACGUUGG